AUGGUGCGGCUGCUGCUGGCGUCUAAUGCCAACCCCAAUGCCGUGAAUCAAUUUGGAAUGACGCCGCUGCACUAUGCUGCACAGCAGGGCCACAGUGCGGUGGAGACGGGGGCCAACAGGUGCGUGGGCAGCUGGCCACUUUCGCAGCAGAAAGGAAGACGGCCGCACUGCGGACGACGGACGCCGCCGCACUUGCUGCGGUUUACUCGUCCCGCGCAGAGGCUUCCGCCGCGCACGUCGCUAGGCUGCACUCAGCCCAGCCGCCGCUGGCCGCGCCCCGCGAUGCACCCCGCCGUGGCGCUGCUGGGUCUGCUGCUGGCCAACGACACCGCGCUCCUAGACUGCGUCUGCAGCCGCAUCAACGGUGCCUUCGAACUCAGCGGCCUAGAGCCGCUCUCUCCCGGCUGGUUCUUUACGGUGACGGAGGACUGCCGGGGGCUGGAGCCGCCGCCGGCCUGGCUGGCCGCCGUGGGGCGGCUGCUGCCCCGGGACUGGCUCUGCGGGCCGCCGCCGCCCGCAGGCGGGGGUGGGUGUGGCGGCGCCCUGGAGGGCCUCCGCCGCCUCACCGUCGACGAGCCCUUCGAGCUCGCCACGGCUCUGAGCUGCCGAAUCGCUGCCGACUGCGUCCACGCCUGCCCUGUACACGGGUGCGUACGCCUCUGCAGCCCGCAAACACUAGCCUCACACAGUGCCCUCUUCUCAGAUUUCUUUUCUAUUCUGUCCUUUCAGAAGUACUUGAAACAAUACUCCGACUACUGGCGAGACUCAGUGGAGCUGGUAUCACUUCGCGUGAGGCAUCUCUCAAAGCUGUUCGUUCCCCUCGCAUUCGAGCAGAUGGUUAAUCACACGACUGAUCAGCAACUUCAUCGAUGGAUUAAGGACAUGGAACGUGUGAAGGACAUGCUGGUUAUGAAAUUUAUGGGUUUGGUACAAGAUGUUCACUACGUCAGGGAGCAUAUUACGAACUACGAGAUAGAAGACAAGAACAAGCGUGGGAAGUAUACUCUAAGGCGGCCGCUGUUGAGUGAUAGACUGUUGUACUAUGAGGAGCAGUUCCUCACAUUUCGUGAAGACUUUAGUGAUCUUUGUGAGGGGCAACAGCCGGAGGCAUCACAAAUGUUUGGCUUCGCUGACACACUGUACUCCCUCUAUCGCCACGACUGGUUGCGCCCUGUAAAGUUUAGAAGCUAUAUCGACGUUAUAGAUGAGAAGUGGCAGCUGGAUGUCAAGGGCGAUGCUACAGUCUCUGUGGACACUGACUGCAUCCAGCUGUUGGUGGACACCCUGGACCACCCCACGUGUCCACUGGAAGACCUGCCACCGGAGACCAUCGCGCAGCGCCGGCAGUGCCGCGCGCAGCUGUGGGACGACAUGGUGCAGAGGUCGCCCCACGUACCCGUCACCAGCUACCUGGCCUACACGCAGAGGACCAAUAUUAACCUCUGCCUCUUGGCCUGGAUGGCUGCCAACUCACUUGGCGUUUGUCAGGACGUCCCCUUUAGUGUAAUACAAUCCGCGCAUGACGCCCGUUGCUAUUUUGACAGUCCUGACGACCGAUCGUGUAUGAAAUCGAACGCCACAGACUCCAUCUGCUCUGUUUCCAGAGCUAUUCUGUUGCUCAAGUGUGAAGAUUUUUCCUUCAACAAACGUCACAAUGUGUGCACCGUCGACGUUCACAGAAAUGGAUCGUUCUCCAGGACCAUCAGUCCAUCUUGGGGACGGGAUGUCAAAGCAUAUGUAGAGCCAACGGAAAGAACACUGAACUACAAAUACAGUUUAAGCAGCACCACCUUGAAAUACAAGGACUUUAAACUCGACAGCUUAAAACCAUUAGAAAUUUCAUUUGUAACAGUAAAUAUUCUUUUCCGGUUCCUGACUGCUGGAUUAUUCAUGUACCUUUCCCAUUUUCGUAAUUUGCCAGGAAAGAUAUUAUUAUCCUAUCAGAUCACGGGAAUAAUCCAGAUCUUGUGUUCUGAGGUCCUGUACCGCAUGGCAGGCGUCCCCGACUUAUCGACGAUGGUACUGAUCGAUACCGCCCUCAUGCUUCUCAGCUGCAUCUGGCUAAACACGUUCUGCUACCAAAUGUACGCAUGCAUUCGACAUCUCAGGCUUCCCAACGUCCUACCACCUGCUGAAGCGAGAAAGGUAUUCCGCCGUCAGGUGCUCUAUGCACUAAUACCCUGGAGUGCAGUGUGCACAGCCAGUACUGUUUUGGAAAAUACGAGCAAAUAUUAUCUGUUCCAUAGUCGGAUAAUAUUCCUCGGGGGGAUAUCGCUCUCGAUAGCGUUCAAUUUGGUUUGUCUUGGAAUCGUGGCAUACAUGUACCGACGUGCGAAGGAUACUAUGAGUAAACUAAAAAUUUAUAGUAAAGAUAAAAUUCGCUCGAAGACAGAAGUUCUUUACCUAACAAUUAAGACUUUCAUCUUAAGUGGGACAGGUGUACUUAUUAGAAUCGGGUUCCAUCAGGCAGAAGGCAUAGCACAGUACGUGUAUUACGUACAUAUAGCAACUAUGAUGCAGGGACCACUGAUGCUUGUUCUUUUCAUUUGCAACAAAACAACGGUACCUGCGCUCAGGAAGAGGCUGCAAGCGUGGGGGAGCCCAGACGCCAUCAGUCCGGGGCAAGAGCUCUGCUCAACGGCCGAGAGGAAUCUGAGGAAGAGAACCACUGUGCAGUCUCCGGCUGCAGAAUCCUCGCUGUAGUCUCCGAGAACACUCCACCCAAAGGGCUGUCUCCGCUGUAGACCGUAGCAAAGCCAGUGACCAGUGAUGAUGACCGACCCAGCUGACGUCACAAUAUUAACUGCGACCAGUCUCCCACAACUAGUGCAUCAGUUAGCUAAUUUGUUCCUUAUUUGUAAUCAUUGUAUGUACGUGGUAGGUUUUGUUCACAUAUUUUAAUUCAUUGAGGUUCACUAAUUACUUCCCAACAUUGAAUCUGCAUGAAAAUAAGAGGAAAGUGCUUGUCCCAUUUCUUCUACCCAGGUUCUCUGCCGAAACACCAAAACAAACUCAGAAAUGUAAAUAAUUUUUCAGUACCCAACAUUUUCCAAAGACGAAAAUAAUGCAAGAAAUUGCUGUUUACGAUAAAUUACUUUAACCUCCUUUCUAUAAAGUGAAGGCAACUGAAUGUACUCUUAAAAUGCAUUUAUAGGAAUCUCUGUCGUUUCCCCUGAUUCAUACACACCUUUUAAUACACGUCUCAUUUAAUCUUACGUCUGGAACUGCGUAAUACUUAGUACAUACAGCUGCACAGCCACGCCUCAUCCUGUGCGAAUGAA